AUGUCCGCUGCCCCUCGGAGGAGACUUGCUUGUCGCGUAUGCACCCGCCGUAAAGUGAAGUGUGACAAGAAAAUCCCAUGUGACAAUUGUGUCAAGAGAGGUGCUCCUGCACAAUGUGAACGAGCUGAAAAUGAUGGGAUCCUUGCUCAGGACAGCACCCUCAUCACAGGGAAACUCGGGGAAGAUUCCCCUUCUUUCAAUGCCCUCCGGACUCGCGUCGCCGAGCUUGAGGCUCUCCUACAACAGCAGGGUGAAAUCGAGUCAAGGAAUGUGCCUCAGUCUCCCUCUCCAGCCAUCCAACAAGCCGCGGACGGACCUGUAACACAAACCAGGUCAUCCUCACCAAGUCAAGACUCAGAAAUUGAAGAUGCAGUCACCGUUCUCGAAUUCCUGGCAUGGGGCCGCAUGAAAGACCCGGAUAAAGCAAUGCUUUCUCCGGAAGCUCUCAGAGCCUGCGAGUAUGAUGACGGGACUGGUGCUAGCCCGGCUGGUGACCUUGAUAGUGCCUUGGAUGCUGACCUGAAUCUCCUCUCGUGGCUGCAGAUUCUCCUUCCCUCCCGACAGCAGGUCUACCAGCUCGUGGAAUACCAUAACAAUUGUUUGCUCUGGUUUCACGGCUCAUAUGUCGCUGCGUCGUUUUCGAAAGCACUUGACUCCUUCUACGCUGAUCACAACGGAAGAUUUGAUUCUAGAGGUCUCAAUCUACAGUGGGUGGCCCUGCUGUUCUCCAUCAUGACCGGAACCAUCACGUCUGCGCCAUCGUGUGAGGCCAGGAGGUGGGGAAUCAGUGAGAAUGAAGCAAAGAUACUAUCACAGAAAUGGCACAAAGCGGUCAUCACCUCUCUGAAUGCUGCAAACUUUACUGCACACCAUUCCUUGUAUGCCGUCCAGGCGAUUGCCUCGUUGACAAACACUGCCCACAUGCUGGGCCACUCGAACACGCAGUCGAUAAUGCUAGCAUCGGUGAUCCGCAUCGCACAGAGCUUGGGUCUACACCGCCUGGACGAGGAUGCCCGAGGGUCAGAUCUGGAGUUGGAGACCGGUCGCCGAGUGUGGCAAGAACUUUGCACACAGGACUGGUUCAGCACUGCUUUUUCCGAGUCAUAUUCUAUCAAUCCACUACACUCGACCUCCCUCCCUCCCAAGAACUGUGACGAGGACAUGAGUGAUGUCCUUUCGGACGAGGAACCGACGGUUACCAGCUUUUGCAAGUUCUUGGCCAAGAUUGCAGCGAUCAUGCCGGCUUUACAAGAUGCCAUGGCUCUAUCCAACACUCUGUACACUAAACACGAGGCAGUCCUCGUCCACGACAAAAAGAUGCGCUCGUUGGCCACAGGCAGGCAUUCGUUCCUCGCACACACUGCCCUCGAUGAAAACUGGCCUUGUUAUAUUCCCUGGGCAAGGCGUGCGAUCGCGAUGAGUUCUGCCCACAAGAUCAUCAUGAUCCAUAGAAAAUUCCUGGGCCUCAGUUUCUCCAACCCCGUUUUUGCAUUCACGCGCCGAACCUGCCUGGCGGCUUCCAAAACCAUCUUGAAAGAAUACCAAGCGAGCAGCGACGAUAUAACCAGUCCGAUGCUGUGGACGCACCAAGCGUUCUCGGUUGCAGCCUGUAUCAUUAUAUGCUUUGACAUUCUACAUUCCGCAUCGGCUGGCCAGGAUGAAGAAUACCUUGUGGGCCAAACCAUUGAACACCUCCAAUCGUGUCGGCAUAGGAGCAUGAUAGCAGCUCGGGGCGUCAAGGUGCUCAAGGCCCUGCAGAAGCAGAUUGCCAGACGUGCUGAAGUCCGGAGGAGACCGGCUGAUAGUUCUAGAGAUGAACCUCCAAGGAAACGACGUCGAGGAUUUGACGCUGCAGAGUUUGCCCGAUCGUUGGUGGACAAUGAAGGCGAUUCGACCACUGUACAUCACAUGCGUCAACGACUCGAGAAUUAUACAGCGGAAACAAAUUCAAGGCCUCAACGCAUUGAAGAAAAUCUCCAAGAAACCAACCAGGACGAGCCAUUCACCUUGCCAGCGGACCUGAAUUGGUUGUGGAACAUGCCUUCACAUGAUUACGACGGCAUGCAGACAUUUGACAGCUUGCUAUCUUUUGCCAACCAAGGCCUUGGGCUAUGA